AUGAGGGACGACCUCUUCUACGACAGCUAUCGGCGAUACAAAAGAGGUACUGACAAAAUCGCCGAAUGGCUUGCCAAUGCAGACGCCUUUGCGGCGCCAAAUUGGACACAAACUGAACCGUCUGUCAGGCCGACAAAACCGACAGGCGAAACGACGGUCUCCGUCGGUCCAAACAUCAAUAUUUUCGACGCCCUGGACCUCGAAGAUAUUGCCGAACCUGUUGUGUAUCUCGAGGUUGUCAAAGGAAGUAAGGGCAAGGCUCCGAACGACAAGAAAAAGAGUCGCGCGAAGGACUCCAGGGAGGUGUUCGAAAUCAGUUCUUCCGCUGAAGAGCUGUUGUUCCUGCUCUUCUGCUUCUUCAAAGAUCUACACGAUGUUCAAACUUACCUUUUGGAGAUGUGGGUAGGCCAGAAGAACGGCCACGUAUCUUUGACGAGUGCCGCUGCGACCACAGACUUGGCCUUUGACGUUAACAAGCGCAAGGAAGAUGAACUUCUCCGCUCAGAGUGGGUGGACGGCAUCGAUGGAGGUUCGACGACAACGGUCCUCGAGCGUCUCACGAUUCUACAGAAGACGCGUACAGCAUCGGCCGUUCCGUUGUACUGGAAGUUCGAGAAAAAGGAGAACGGGUCCGCCGGCUUGGACGCGGUGACCCGGGUUCUUUUCACACAUUUGGAGGAGCCACAAUCAGAGGAUGUCGACUCGUCAACGGUCGACUCUGAUGACGAAGACUCCGACUCCUCGGUCGUCGAUCUGAAAGAGCUGGCAUUGCUUACAUCAAUGCUCAACCUCGCGCCCAAGCGUCUUGUUACCGAUGAAAAAGCGAAAGUGGCCCUCAAGAAAGCCAAAAAGACCCCGUUCAACAAGAUGUCGGUCGAUGGGCAAGAAUAUAUCAAGGGACUCGAAGCUGGCGGCGUCGAUGUGUCCAAGGGUCUCAUGGGCAUAUUGAGAGGGAAAACUGUCUUGAAGUCAUUCGUGGCUUCGAAGUGA